AUGGCUUCAGGAUACGACAGAGCGCUCUCUGGUCGAAUAUGCCGGCGAGGCCGUGAAGCGAGGUGCGACCGCCCGCCUUCCCGCUGCCUGUUAUCAAGCUCAUCGAUCCCCAUAGGAACCUGCGCCGUCGGCGUCAAGGGCCAGGACGUCGUCGUCCUCGGCUGCGAGAAGCGCUCCGCGAUGAAGCUCCAAGACACCCGAAUCACACCCUCCAAGCUCCAGCUCCUCGACACCCACGUCUGCCUCGCCUUUGCCGGCCUCAACGCCGACGCCCGCAUUCUCGUCGACAAGGCGCGGUUAGAGGCCCAGUCUCACAAGCUGACCGUCGAGGACCCCGCUUCCAUCGAGUACAUGACCAAGUACGUUGCCGGCGUGCAGCAGCGCUACACGCAGAGCGGCGGUGUCCGCCCCUUCGGCAUCAGCACCCUCAUCGUCGGCUUCGACAACGGCAGCAAGGUCCCCAGGCUGUACCAGACUGAGCCCUCGGGUAUCUACUCAGCAUGCUAUGUCAAGAACAUUGAGGAGGAGAAGCAAGAGGAGGCGGCCAAGAAGAAGACGGGCCGUACGCCGGGUCAGGGCACCGCCGCUAUUCUGACGCGGCCUGCGGAGGGAAGUGACGAGUAG